AUGGAUGUUGAUGAACUGUUUGACAGCUUCGGGGAUGGAAAUGAAGGUGAAAAGCCGUCAACUAGCUCUGACACGAUGAGAAGGCUUGAGCAGGAGAAAGAAGAUAGAUCUCGUGAACUGGCUAAUAACUUGCUGCAACAGUUACAACAGGGUAAUAUGGGCUCAAACAUAGAUGCUCCAGUUACUAAAAGAGCAAGAGUUGAAGAGGAAACAGAGCAAGAUGAUGUGGAAACUUUCGGUAAUGAAGCGGACGUCAACAGAAUGAAAACCAUUACUCUUGAAACAGGAAAUGAAAACUGUACUCACCAGGUGUGCCUACCUGUUAAUUAUGAGUUCCAACCUUUGAUUGAUCGCAACACUCCUCCAGCUAAACAGUAUCCAUUCCGACUUGAUUCUUUCCAAAAAGAAGCUAUUGUUUGUAUUGAAAAUAAUCAGUCUGUACUUGUUUCUGCCCAUACUUCUGCUGGUAAAACUGUAGUUGCUCUAUAUGCUAUUGCUCAAUGCCUUCGUGAUAAGCAGAGAGUUAUAUAUACAUCUCCCAUCAAAGCUUUGUCUAAUCAAAAGUAUCGUGAUCUUGAAGAAGAGUUCGGAGACGUUGGGUUGAUGACUGGUGACGUUACACUUAAUCCUGAUGCUUCUUGUAUAGUAAUGACCACUGAGAUUCUUAGAUCUAUGUUAUAUAGAGGGUCCGAGAUGAUGAAAGAAGUGGGUUAUGUGAUUUUUGAUGAAAUCCAUUACAUGCGUGAUAAAGAAAGAGGUGUCGUUUGGGAAGAAACAAUCAUUUUGAUGAGUCCAAAAAUUCACUACGUUUUCUUAUCAGCUACAAUUCCUAACGCUGAACAGUUUGCAUUAUGGAUCGCUUACUUGAAAAAUGUUCCAUGCCAUGUCAUUUACACCGAGUACCGUCCUACUCCUUUGCAGCAUUUCAUUUUCCCUUGCGGAGGAGAUGGUUUGUAUGAAGUAGUGAACAUGCAGGGAACUUUCCGUGAAGACAAGUUCAAUCAAGCCAUGAAUGGGUUGGCCGAAAUUGGUGACAAGGCUAAAGGUCUUCAAAGAGGAAGAAAAGGAGGAAUUCAACAAGAUUCGAAUGUUGUCAAAAUUAUUCGAACCAUCAAAGAGAGAGACAUGCUACCAUGUAUCAUCUUCUCAUUCAGUAGAAAAGAGUGCGAAGCAUACGCUAUUUCUUUGAAAGAUAUGGAUUUCAACAAAGAUGAUGAGAAGAAAAUGGUUGAAGAGAUCUACCACAGCGCUGUUGACCUCUUGUCUGAUUCCGACAAGAAACUACCGCAAAUAGCCCAAAUUCUACCUCUACUGAAGCGUGGUAUCGGUGUUCAUCACUCAGGUCUCCUGCCAUUGUUGAAAGAAGUGAUUGAGAUUCUUUUCGGAGAAGGUCUACUUAAAACUCUUUUCGCUACUGAAACGUUCUCAAUGGGUCUGAACAUGCCUGCCAGAACUGUUCUCUUCACAUCAGCACGUAAAUACGAUGGUGUCGAUCAUAGAUGGAUCACUUCUGGAGAAUAUAUUCAAAUGUCAGGACGUGCAGGUAGACGUGGUAAAGACGAUCGAGGACUUGUUAUUUUAAUGGUCGAUUCAAAAAUGAGCAGCGAAGAUGCCAAACAAAUCAUCAAGGGUAAAACAGAUCCCUUGAAUUCCCAGUUCCGUUUGACAUACAACAUGGUUCUGAAUUUAAUUAGGGUAGAAGGUUUUAAUCCUGAAACAAUGAUGAGACACAGUUUCCGAAGAUUCCAAGCUUUAUGCGAAACACCUAAACUCACAGAAGAACUAAAAGAGAAGGAACAAGAGAUUCGAAGAAUUGUUGUCGAAAAAGAAUCGGAAAUUCAAGCUCUUGUUGAUAUGGAGAAACAAAUGAAAGCAUUGACUGAAGCUGUUAAAAAAAUAGUCACUCAACCCAAGUACUUGGUACCAUUUUUGCAUGCUGGUCGCUUAUUACAUAUCAAAGCAGGCCCACAUGACUUUGGUUGGGGAACGUUAGUAAACUUUGCCCGAAAGUCAAAUCCUGAUGAUAGCUCUCAAUUAAUCUUCAUUAUAGAGGUUUUGGUAGGAGUUUCUCCAGCUUCCGCUGGUGAAAAAAGCGCUGGAAGUAUCCGGCCUCCUAAGGAUGGAGAGCCAUCUGUGUGGGAAGUUGUCCCCAUGACUCUUGAUUGUAUAGAUGAGAUAAGUGCCAUUCGCAUCAAACUUCUUCAGAACUUAAAACCUGUGGAAAGCCGAAAAGUUGUUGAACAAAUGAUUGUCGAGGCUAAAAGAAGAUUCAAUAAUAGCUUACCGCUUCUUCAUCCAGUAAACGAUAUGAAAAUCAAAGAAGAAAUUCUGGAGCAUUCUAUCGAGAAGGAAAAGCAGUUGAAGAGUCGUUAUGACGAACACCCCUUGCGUAAACGUAAAGACUAUGACGACUUGAGAAAAUCAUUUGAGACUAAGGAAAUCAAGCGACAAGAACUUCAGGUGUUAAGAGAUCGUUUGAAAGAAACGAAUGAACUCAUUGGUCAAGUUGAGCUCGAAAAUCGUAAACGUGUACUCCGUAGAUUGCAAUACUGCUCUCAAGAUGUUACCAUUGAACAGAAGGGACGAGUUGCUUGUGAACUCUCAGCUACAGACGAAUUGAUGUUAACUGAAAUGUUGUAUGGAGGUGUAUUUAAUACUUUGGCACCCGGACAUCUUGUAGCUCUUCUCUCUUGUUUUGUUUUCCAAGAAAAUGCUCAGGCACCCAAAUUAGCUGAGGAACUGUCGGGAUGUUUGCGAAGUCUUCAUGAAUAUGCUCGCAGAAUCGCUAAGAUUUCGAAUGAAUGUAAAUUGGAAAUCAUUGAGGAUAAAUACGUGGACUCUUUCAAAGCAGGUUUGAUGGAUGUUGUGUAUAAUUGGGCUAAUGGAAUGUCCUUUGCUGAAAUUGUUAAGACAACAGAUGUUUUUGAAGGCUCAAUCAUCCGUUGCUUAAGACGUCUUGAAGAGGUUCUACGUGAAAUGAUCAAUGCUUCCAAAGCAAUGGCCAAUAAGGAGCUCGAAGAUAAACUUGAAAUCGCCAGAACUAAAAUUAAAAGAGAUAUUGUGUUUGCUGCUUCUUUAUAUUUGUAA